AUGGCGAAGCUACUCAUUGCGUCGAACACAAGAGGAAACACACAGGGGAUGUUCUGGAAGAAGAAGGCACAACACUACAUAAUGAACACCCCUUACGAGGUCACUAAGAAUAUGACAAAGGAGGCGAGGGAGAAAACUGAGAGGAGGUUCAAGCAGGAGCUCCUACAGUCGAACCUCCUACUCGUCGACAUGCUCGUGGGGACAUACGAGAUGAUGUGCAGAGCACUCACGAAUGCAGAGCCAGAGGUGAAGGGCGUCAAAAUGAAGUACACACUUGUGUUCGACGAGCUACAGGAGGCACUCACUGUCACGUCCCCACGCUUCUCUGCUUCGUUCCGUUGCCUCUCCAUGUGUGCCGACCUCUUCAAGAAGGAGAGGGAUGGCGGCGAGGACGUGCUCUUCCUCAUGAUGACAGGCAACUCUGGCAUUCUCAACCAGAAGUCGCCACACGUGUCUGCUUUCGUGGAAGAUGCAACAAUACUGGAACACGAGAGCAUGCCAAAGAUGGUCAACGACUGCAGGCUCAGAGUGCUGGCAGACAAGAAUGGCUGGGCAAACAAAGAUACCAACCCACUCAAUGUCUUCAUCAGAGACAUUAAUGGAAGCACACAGUACAAGUUCGUCCUCCAGUCGUACGAAUACGACUUCGACAGAAGCGUGUGGACGUACACGGCGUUGGAGAACGGACAGGACAACCAGCCAAAGUGCGAGUGGUUCAAUCUCAACUUCCCACAGCUCCUGAAGAAGCAUCAGUGGCUGUACUCGCUGGCAAAGUGCGUGAUAGAAGGGAGGAAGCUGAGGGCCGCACUCUGCAUCGUGAACAACAAGGACGACGCAGUCAUCGUCGACAGGUGUGUUGUCAUGAUGGUCAAGCUCACGAUGGUCUUCUUCGGCCUGAGGCCACCAACGUCGUGGUGUGAGGACACGAUCUCGAUACAGAAUGGCAGUGACAAGAAGCUGUACAACGUCACGAGGAACAGCUAUGAGGCCAUGUCUGCUGAGAAGGCUUCUAUCAUGACAGACAACAAUCUCAAGUGGCUC